AUGCGAGUUCUGCUGCUUACCUGCUUAUGCUAUACGGUAGUUCAUGGAGGUCAUCCUGUGAAGCCGAAACCACCUCAGAAACCAUCCUCACCGUAUCAGGAAAAAUUGGUACAAUAUGGUGCCAACAAUGGGACCGUCCUUGAGGGAUUCCUCGUCUAUCCCAAGUCAAUUGGUCAACGCCCGAGAUCCGCUCCAGCCGUAAUUGUAUUCCAUGCGUUCACCGGCAGAACGGAAUUCGACAAUCAAAAAGCCAGGGAUUUGGCUAAGCUCGGGUACGUCGCUUUCGCAGCCGAUGUCUAUGGGAAAGGUGUGGCCAGUAACGACACGAACGAAAAUUUUGCUAUUAUGGGACAAAUGUUGGCUGCACGUGAAACGUUGCUUCAAAGAAAUAUCCGGGAAUCGUGGAAUGUCGUUAAAAAUCUGCCGUUCGUUAACGACCUAAAGAUUGCAUGCAUCGGUUUUUGCUUCGGUGGCUUGACGUGCUUGGAUUUGGCACGAUUCAAUGUCGGUCUUCAAGCAGCCGUAUCCUUUCAUGGGACCCUCACGGAUUAUCCGGGGAAUAAUACAGCCAUCGGGGCAUCGAUUCAAGCACAUCAUGGUGAUGCAGAUCCUCAUACUACUAACGAAGAUGCCGCUAAUUUCCUCGAAGAGAUGAGAGAAAGACAAGCUGAUUGGCAUUUCACCUCCUACGCUAAUGCUCAACAUGCAUUCACUUUACCAGGAGUAGAGAACUGGGGAAUUCCUGGUGCCGCAUACAACGAGAAGGCAGCUAAACGUUCAUGGAGAGCAAUGGAAGGAUUUCUUGCCGAGAAACUUCUCCAAUGA